UGGGGAAUCUGGAGAGAAGAUGAAGAGAGUGUGUGCAUCGUUCUGUCAGAACCAGAGUAUAGCCAUGGAGCAUCUCAAGCAGCUCAUCAGGAAGGAGAAAGAGAAGGAGAAGGACAAGAAGGAAGGAUCUGUAUCAAGAUUCAUGGAUGAAGCUGAACGGAACCCACUAUGUAGAAGGCUAUCACUGUCAGGCAUUGUAGCAACAGGAUACCAACGAGUGACAAAUUACCCUCUAUUCAUUGAGAAUCUACUCAAGUACACACCUGCCAAAAGUCCCGAGUACGAGCGACUUGGACGUGCUUUGGAGAAGAGCAAGGAGAUCCUAUCCUAUGUCAACCAAGCAGUCAAGGAAUGUGAGAACCGGUGGCGUCUUAUCGACUACAACACCAGGAUGGACAGAACGCCACUGGACAAGUCCAACAAUCCUCUCGUCAUGGAUUACAAGAACAUCAACCUGACACUACAUAAGAUGAUCCAUGAUGGCGUACUGACGUGGAAAGUCAAUAGGAAUAAAAGUAUAGAGGUACAAGUGCUAUUACUAGAGGAGCUGAUUGUUCUGCUGUCAAAGCAAGAUGAGAAGUUGGUGUUAAAGCUCCAUUCUACGACAAACCAAGCUAGGGAAGAAUUGAAGACCCACAGUCCUAUUAUCAAGCUCAGCACAGUCCUGUGCAGACCGGUGUCCACAAAUAAGAAAGCCUUCUUCCUUGUCAGUACCUCAUCAGCGGCCUGUCCUCAGAUCUACGAGCUCUGCACCAACUCGUCUCAGGAGAGACAGUCCUGGAUGGACGUCAUCCUAUCCACGCAGGAUGUGGAGCGGAAGUCCUAGAUGGGCAUCUUUUUCUCCAUCUCUAAUCACAUCUCUCUUCUCCUCUUAUCCCCAGAUAAGAAAGCCUUCUUCCUUAUCAAUACCUCAUCGGCGGCUGGUCCUCAGAUCUACGAGCUCUGCACCAACACUUCUCAGGAGAGACAGUCCUGGAUUGUUGUCAUCCUCUCCACGCAGGAAGUGCAGCGGAAGCAGGCCAAGGGAUGGCGCCGUAACGCCAAGAUAGCGGCCAACCCCAGACCUCUACCACAAGAACGCCUACCUGUCUAUGAGGAG